AUGGAAGCAUCAGGAAAACUGCUGUCAUCACGACUGCUUUCCCUGCUGAAGAACGGACAAUGGGGACAUGAUGAUGUCGUUAAGUUGUUUAAAGCCCUCGUGGAGCAAUGUAAUGGCAGAAAUGAAGAUUUUCACACAUGGAUGAUGAGAAUCCUUCAUCAAGUGGAGAUUCACAAAAUAAGUGUGUCUGAUUUGACAUCGAAUGACAGUAACAUUGUGGAUCAGGUUGAGGAAGAAAUUAAUAAAAUAGCCAAAAACACUGAUGAGAAAACACUGGAUGAGAUUAUGAAGGAAAUCUGUGAACAAGCAGUUAUUGAUGAAGAAAUGAUGGCACAAGUGAAAGAUAUUGUGUCUUCUGUCUCCAAAUGUCUAUCAUAUUCCACAGCACCACAUCUACAAGGAAUAAAGGAAAGUUUGUUUAAACUCUGCAAAGCUGUAGAAAAGACAGUGAAAUAUAAACCUCGCCUGACUCAGAUGGUGAGCUGGUGCAUUCUGGUUCUUUCUAAAUCAAGUCGGCUGGUUCAGGUUGGAACAGGAGAAGGAAAGUCGUGUAUCGUGGCAAUGUUUGCAGCAUAUCAGGCCAUGAUGGGAAACACCCCUGACAUCAUCUCCAGUUCUCCUGUACUUGCCAAAAGAGACGCUGAAGAAUGGUCUGCAUUUUAUAAGAGACUGAAUAUCACUGUUGACGUCAACACCAAUAAAUCAGAAGACAAAGAGCUGAAGAAGUGCUAUGAAUGUCAGGUGGUCUACGGUACGACUGACAGUUUUGCAGGUGAUUUUCUGAGACAGCGCUUCCACAGAAAAGAUGUGAGACCUAACAGAGAGUUUCAGUGUGUUAUAGUGGAUGAGGUGGACUCGCUAAUGCUGGACAAAGGUCUUGAAGUGGUUUAUUUGAAUAGUAAUAUGCCUCUCAUGGAAACUUUGAAUGGAUUACUGGCUGAAAUUUGGUUUGUCAUCAACCAGCUGAAGCGUUUAGACUCUGGAGAGAUUUUAGGACCCAUUCGGCUCCUCUCUCAGAUUCUGUCUGAAAUCAUGCAUGAACAUAAAAACACUUAUAAAGUCAGUUUUGUGCAGAAUGCUGUAGAUGAAGCAAAACAACUAGAUAAUGCAAGUUCUGCUGAAACAGAAGCAUUUUUAACCAUGUUUGUGAGAAACUUCCCCGAAUAUUCCUUUAAACUUUAUCAGGAAGGUCCUGAUGGGAAUUUAGAGAAACUUAAUGAGAUCAGUCCCAGAGGUACAACUAAGAAACAAGCAAUAUCUGUUCUGCUCCUGGGAAAUGGAAAAUGUCGUUUAGUGUACUAUGAGGACUCUCUAGUUAAAUCAUUGGGUAAAAUGAUUAACAAGUAUUUGCAGUAUGAAUCAAAAGGGGAACAACAUGAAUCUUGUAUCCCAGGCUUUCGAGAUCUCAUUGAUGGAAAGUUGCAAACCUGGAUUGAAAAUGCUCUGCAAGCCACCAAAAUGACUGUGGGGCAUGAAUACAUUUUUCAUGGAGAUGGAGUUGUUCCUGUCGAUUACAAAUGCACUGGUAUCGUGCAGAACAACAUGAGAUGGGGGGAAGGACUUCAGCAGUUCCUGGAGAUGAAACACCAAACUAAACUGUCUAACAUGAGUCUAAUCACAAACUUCAUGUCUAAUGUGGGUUUAUUUAAGAAAUACAAAAAUAUCUAUGGGAUCACGGGAACUUUGGGUGACCAAACAGAGCUUGACAUGCUGAAGAAACUCUACAAUGGCAAUGAGACGUGUAAGAUUCCCUCAUUUAGACGAAGGAAACUUUAUGAGUUGGAGGGUUUGGUGAUAGCUGAAGAAGACGAGUGGAUCAGGACCGUCUGUAAUGUUGUUAAACAUCAAGUGACCUCUACAGUUUAUCGAGGUCCACGAGCAGCUCUCGUCAUCUGUGAAACCAUCAAUCGUGCAGAAAUAUUUCACAAGACUCUUGCAGACACCAUCUCAAAAGACAAACUAAAACUUUAUGUGAAUAACAACAUGGAUAACUCUAAGAUAAUAUAUAAUAAAGUCCAAGCGGGGGACGUCAUCAUUGCAACUAAUCUAGCAGGUCGAGGUACAGACCUAAAGGUCAGUGAAAGUGUAAAUGAGGCAGGAGGUCUGUUUGUGGUGCAAACCUUCUUACCUCUGAACGUCCGUGUUGAACAGCAAGCAUUUGGACGAACGGCUCGUCAAGGAAGUCCAGGAUCUGCUCAAAUCAUCAUGUGUGCCAGUCAUUUCUCUGACUCUGUUAAACUAGUGAUGAGCCUAAACACAUCUUUUACCAGUUUAUUCAGCCAUCUGAACCGUCUUACUACACUGAUGUCACGUCUUACAAGUAUAUUGAUGCCACGUGGAUCCACAGAGGGUCUUUUUGAGGAAGCAGUUAAUCAUUACCUGAAACAUAACAGCUUUCAAAGUCAUAAGGCAAUGGUCUCUGCUCUCACAGGACUCUUAACAAUGAAAUCAUUCCCAUGCAUGGAAAGCAAUCUGGAAAAGGCAAAAGAUGCCAGAAAUAUUCUGGUGAACAUCAGACUCUCUGGGUUCCUUGAAAAAGACAUUCCAAAAAUCACAAAAAAGGAAGAUAUUUUUUCUGUCUACCUUGAAAUUUUGAAUGGCGUUUAUGAAGAUGAUGUUUUUUCAGACCAGCGUGAUGUAAUCGUGUCCUCUCUUCAUGAGUGCUGGGGUUUGUGGCUCCUGAUGAACUCCAGUGAGGAAAAGCCCACUGAGACGAUGAAGGAACAGCUGAAGCUGGACUUGUCGAGUGCAAAGCGAAAACUUUUGUGCAAACAGUCCCCAUCCUCCAUGGUCUACUAUUACAUAAGAUCUGGGAACAAUCUCCGUGAGAAGGGCCACCUUACUGAGAGCAUUGAGAUGUUCACCAAAGCUUUGGGGGACGGUAUUUGCUGGGAGAUUAUUCCUCUCUAUAAUCGUGCAUUGGCCACUAUUAAGAAGAAAGACAUUGGCUAUAUUGCACGAGCAUUGGCUGACCUGCAAAGGGCUGACAUGGCAAUAGAUUCAUACAAGUCUCAUCUGGCACAGAUUCUGACAUAUGUGAAGUCAUCAAGCCAAGAGCCAAAAGUGGACGGGGAUACUUUGCUCUCCAAACAGUUUAGAGUGAAGUAUAUGAUUGUAGAUCUACUCAAGAUGAACAUUCAAGACUCUGUAAUAAAGUUGAAGAGGGUUGAAAGCAGAGGAGGAAAUGUGAGACUGUCAGAAAAACAUACAGUUUUUCUGGCAGAAGAUCUGAUUCUCAGUCCAGUACGAGUUCUGAUAGAGCUUCUAGUGGAAUUUGAACAUAUUAGGUCUUUGGGUCUUGACAACAUUUACUCCUUGGACACCAUAUUUUCUUUCAGUGGCUUUUUGUCAAACAUGUUUAAAUAA